AUGAUUUAAAAAUAAGUUAUAUAUCUCUUAGUGUUGAUUAUUAUUGGUAAUACUAUUACAGUUGAUACAACAGUACAUUGCGAUUGUAGUGAAUUAAGAUCAUAAGAUUGUUAAUUUAGUAAAUAUUGUUAUUGGAAUGAUAACUAUUGUUAAUCUUAUCCAAAUAAAUGUGCGAUAUUCACAACAUAAUCAUAAUGUACUCCAUCUCUAACAAAUUACUUAUGUAAAUGGGAUGAUAACUCUUGUGUAUCUCAUUUAUAUAAAUGCGAAGAAUUCUCAUCAAGCUCAGACUGUCCAUGUUACUGGAACUUAGAUAAUGAAUGUGCUGAAUUCAAAGGAUGUUCAAGUUAUGAUGAGAAUAACUGUCCUGCUUCUUAAGGAUGUGUAUAUAAAAUAAGUGAAUGUCAAGCAGAAGAUUAUAUUGACUGUUCUGAUCAGACAUUGGCUACUUGUAGUGGUAAAUAAGGAAUGUUUUCAGCUUGUGCUGUUAAUAAUGAUAAUGAAUGUGACUCAUACUCUCUUUUUUCUGAAUGCUCUGAUUUAAAUAAUUUUAAAACUAAAUGCGUAGAAUUUGGUUGUAAAUUUGAAAAUAAUGAAUGUUAAAAAAUAGUAUGUGAAGAUUUAAGUAUAGAAAAUUGUUCUAGUGUUAAUGUUGAUACAGAAACAAAAAUGUUAUGUGCAGUUUAGCAAUAAAAAUGUGUUGAAGCUUAAAACACAAACCAUUUAAAUAUUGAUUCUUGUUACAUGUCAACUAAUGGCAAUUAUAAAUGGAUUGGAAGUUGUGUCUAAUGUGAAUCAUUAGUCUAUUCUAUUUUGCUAACUUAUUUCAGUUUAUUUUUAGUAGUUUAUUUGUGA